UGAAGGAGUUUGUUGAGGAGCGGAUGUGAGGGAAGAUAGUAAAAAGCUGGGGAUCAGGAGAGGGCUUGAUAUAAAGGCUGACGGGGACAAGUUCACAUUCAGACAGGAGACACUCUUCUCACACUUCUGGGACCAACUGACCAAGUACAGAGCAGAAUGAGCAUGCGUGGAGCUGUUGCUGGCUGCGUGGUGCUGGCGUGCCUUGUGGCGUUGCUGGUUGAGAGGACACAAGGACACAUCACCUUCUUUAGCCCAAAGGAGAUGAUGCUGAUGAAGGAGAGAGAGGGGAGAAAAGACAUGGAGCCUCGGUCAGAGGACGGCCAGUUUGAAGAGGUUGCUCUCCAACAGCUUUCUCAAGCUGAGCAUGGUGGAAAUCCAGAUAAAACAGUGGAUAUCGCAGUGCGUCUUUCACCCAAACAGUUGGACCAUGUUGCUCCUGUGCUAGAGGAGCUCAUCCAUGAAAUUGUGGAUGAGAGACAGAAAGCCAAGUAAUGUAUUGGAGAACAGAAGAUAAAAUUGCUGUCUGAAUUCUUCAAAAAGGACUGAAUGCUUUUAUGUUUUCUUGUGUUUCAAUAAAUAAGUCAAUAAAUGGAA